AUGCAGUCGGUACUCAAGCUCGCAACCUUCUCCGCCGCUCGCCCGGCAAUUCCCUCCUCUCCCAUGAGGGCAACCCUGGGCCUCGGCCUCGCCCUCCAGCAACGACACCUCGGAACGAACCACGGAAUCUCUCGCAACCUUCUCGCCAGCAGAGAGGCGGCUGCUAACAGGAACCCCCAAAGCGCCACCGCGCAGACCGCAUUCUACCAGCUCCUCCUCAAGGCCAACAUGCCCGCCAUCGUCAUCGAACGCUACAACUCCGGCCGCUUCGCAACCAACGACGCCACCGACCAGGCCUACAACCAGGCCCUCGGCAUGCAGAGCACUGCUGCCGUCGGCGGCCUCGGCGGUCACGAUCACCUCCCGUCCGCGUUCGGCAACGGCGGCCACGAGAUGAGCGGCCAGGCCGCGACCCCGACUGGCAACGGCAACCUGUCGCAGGCUCAGCUGCAGGCGGUGGGUCAGGCGCUCGCCGCCCGCUCGCGCGACUCAAAUAUGGCUAUGGCGAAGGUUUCUGGUAACGGACAGACGGGCCCGCUGCACGUUGUUGUCGACGAGUCCUUCGGCGGCGUCGUGUUCCGCUGGAUCAAGUUCAUCGCCUGGUUUUGCCUGUUCACCUACCUUAGUCUUGUCGCUGUGACGAUGCUGGUCGAGGGUCUGAACCUGUUCAAGCGUCCUGGUGGCAAGGUUGACAGCGAGACCAAGGCCGAGAACCAGACAACCCGUUUUGCCGACGUUCACGGUGCCGACGAGGCCAAGGACGAACUGCAGGAGCUCGUCGAGUUCCUCCGCAACCCGGACAAGUUCUCAACGCUCGGCGGAAAGCUCCCCAAGGGUAUUCUGAUGGUUGGUCCCCCCGGUACUGGUAAAACUCUUCUCGCACGCGCUGUUGCCGGCGAGGCUGGUGUUCCCUUCUUCUACAUGUCUGGCAGCGAGUUCGACGAGGUCUACGUCGGUGUUGGAGCCAAGCGUGUUCGUGAUCUCUUUGCGUCGGCCAAGUCCAAGUCUCCCGCCAUCAUCUUCAUCGACGAGCUCGACGCCAUUGGUGGACGACGCAACACUCGGGAUGCCGCGUACCACAAGCAGACUCUCAACCAGCUUCUCACCGAAUUGGACGGCUUCGAGCAGAACAGUGGCGUUGUCAUCAUCGCCGCGACCAACUUCCCCGAGCUCCUCGACAAGGCCCUUACCCGACCUGGACGAUUCGACCGCCAUGUCACCGUGUCCCUCCCUGAUGUCCGUGGACGUAUCGCUAUUCUGAAGUACCACGCCAAGAAGAUCAAGGCCGCCCCUGAGAUCAACUUCGAGGCCAUCGCCGCAAGCACUGGAGGUCUCUCUGGAGCCGAGCUGGAGAAUAUCGUCAACCAGGCCGCUGUCCGCGCGAGCAGACUCAAGGCCCAGACUGUCAGCAUGAACGACUUUGAGUGGGCCAAGGACAAGGUUAUCAUGGGUGCUGAGCGCAAGAGCAUGGUCAUUGGACCGAAGGAGAAGGAGAUGACUGCUUACCAUGAGGCUGGCCACGCCCUGGUCUCCUUCUUCAACGAGAGCGGACCCAACAAGCUUUACAAGGUUACCAUUCUGCCCCGCGGCCAGAGUCUGGGUCACACCGCGCAUCUUCCCGAAAUGGACAAGUACUCGUACACGACUAGGGACUUGAAGAGUCUCAUUGAGACUUCUUUGGGCGGCAAGCUUGCUGAGGAGCUGGUCUACGGCACCGACAAGGUGACUACCGGUGUCUCCAGCGAUCUUGAAAACGCCACCAACCUGGCCUUCCAGAUGGUCGCACUUUACGGCAUGUCUGCCAAACUCGGCCCUGUGGAGUACGGCAAGCGUUACAACCAGCUCAGCGGAGAGACCAAGGCUCUCAUCGAGUCUGAAGUCCAGAGGACCCUGAGCGAGUCGUACGAGCGCGUGCGUGAACUUCUCACCCUCAAGCGCAAGGAACUUGACCUCCUUGCCAAGGCCCUCGUCGAGUACGAGACGCUGGACAAGAACGAGGUUGCGAAGGUCAUUCGCGGCGAGAAGCUCGUCGAUCGUGUGCCGGUGCCUAAUGGCCCGAUGAAGGUCCCCGCCAACGCAGGAGCUGCCAUCGGCCAACAGAUCCCCCCACCCAUUCCCCCACCUAGCGAAGGCCCCGCGACUCCACCCCCGGCACCGCCGCCACCGGCGUCAACGGGCGGCAUGGUUCCGGGCCCGAACCAGAAGUCAUGA